AUUAAUAAUUUAAUAGAAAAACAUAUAUAUUUUCAUACUUAGAUAAUAAUAAGUCACAAGAUUUUAAUAAAAAAAUUGUAAGUUCUAAAAUUGUCUGCCAUACUUUGAUUCCUGACGUCACUGAACGCUAAUAAUAAACUAUCCGUAUUUUGGACACAUUACAAUUUGGAUUGUUUGUAUCCUCCAGCGCUACUUAGCACAGGUACCAAUCGCACACAAUCAUUCACGAUACGGUACGGAUAUUUACGAUAAUUUGAUAAGAACUGAUAAGAUACUUGCAUUUCGUGAAAACCAUUUUCGCUUACACUCGCGUCCAACACUCCAGCAACGAAUAUUUACAAAACACAUGUCGUGAGGUCUGCUGUCUGUGGUGUCAGUGCUCAGUGCUCAGUGCUGCUCAGUGCCGAGGUCUACAUGCGCGCGGUACAGUGCCGAGAGGAGAGCGCGACAUUUCCACCAUGAACUGCUGCCAGCGUCUUGCCUCCGUGCUUCUCUCCCACAUCAACCUCAUGCUCGCCCUGUACGCGGGCGCGGCGCUGGUGAUGGCGGCGCGACUCAAGUGGGACCCCACGGCGUACGUGGUGCUGCGCCAGCUGUUGCCCGCCGUAUACCGGGCCCUAGCCGCAGGUCUGCUCGCCGGCGCCGUGCUGCUGAUAUUGCUGGGACACCUGACCGCCACAGCGCUCGUCGUACGGCACGCGACCUCGCGUCGCGUUCUGCUCAUCCUGUAUGCGGUGGUGAUGAUGGCGCUGGUGCUGGCGGAGGUGGGCUGGGCUUUAUGGACGACUCUGCGAGUGGAAGAGUGGCUGCGUGGUCCUGAAGGUCAAGAUCUGCUCACCGCGCUGGAAGUGCACGAGCAUCUGGUCCCAUUGUUCUCCGUGCUUGGUCGACUGCAUCCUUUGCCGCAGAAGCUCCACGAUCUCAUACAGGAGGUGGAGAAGGACGUGCCGUGUAACGCGUACGUGGCGGCGGCGGGCGCGGCGCUACUCGUGGCGCUGCAGGGGCUGGCGGUGGUGCUAGCGCUGCUGCUGGCGCACUACUCGCGCUCCCGGACUCGCCGAAGAGACUCACACAGCUUCGCGACCACAACGACGACGGCUUCGACCAGCAGCGAGAGAGCCCCGCUCCGCACCGCCUACCGGAACGGACGCAUCGUGGUGGUGUGACCCCUCGUAACCCCCUGUGACCCACACCCUCGCGGCGCCGCGGGAACCAGAGAUACUGUCGAGCAGCACUUUUGGUUGCACCCGACACCGGCCUUUCUGUACGUACAUGCACGACUAUGUAUACCACGCAUGGACAUACUAUGUGUACUCAUGAUAAACAUUAAUAAUAGUAUGUAGAGAUAAUUAUUAUUUAAGUUUUUAAGAUAAUGUUAAUUUUAUUUAAUACUCCUAAUAAUUUACUCAACUGUAACAAUAAAGAUUUUUAAUAUAACAAAA